AUGGUCUUGCUGAUGCUGAGGAGUCCGGUGUCCGUGGAUGAGAUCUUGCUGAGCGGGUGGCAUCUUGGUGCUAUCCUGGUUUUCCUGCGAUCUUCCCCGAGGGUUGAGCAGAUUGCAGGCCCUUGGGCGAUGGAUCCGCUGCAGAACAGCCGCGAAGUGCAGUUCCUGCAGCUGCUGGAGGGCCUUCCCAUGGCCGCGAACCUCCGAGUUCGACAGGACUUGGCCUUCGAAAUCUUUAAUGAUCCAAAGUCGAUCAGCUAUGAGUUGGCCUCAGUGCUGUUGCCGUGGUCGGCCGCUUACAAUGCGCUGCUGGAGCGUUGGCGUCACACCUGGGCGGAGGAACGGGAGAUGGUUCAGUUACUUCGCAUGGGCGAUGCCAAGUUGAAGCAGAUCCUCUUGGAAGGUGAGACGCCGAGACCGCUGCAUGGUUUGUUGUCUCCACCGCCCUUCCUGCCACUUCUCCUACAGGCGCUUCACUCGUAUCCUGUGGUCAAAGUGGACGUUAACGCUGCCUUAGAGAUGUAUCCCUCCUUCUUCCAUCGGGCAAGUCCUCAUACCUGGCGAGGUUCUCGGCGCAUGGGCCGCAUCCCAGCUCUGGAGCUGCAUCCGAUGCCCAUGGACGAUGGCUUGAGUAAUGCCAACCGCGCCACACGGAUGCCUUUCUGCCUUUGGCCCGGCUUCAUGGCCACGUUCGGCAAGAUGGGGCAACAACAGAUGUCUGCCGAGUUGGUGGACCCCAACAAGCAAGAUCACUUGCCCUUUGUGCGCGUUUGGGAGAUUGGUGCGAACAUGGGAGACUGCAGUCUCCUCGCCCUUCACUGCGUCGCUGCCUGGGGUUUGCGCAGUGCACAGCCGCGUCCCCUGCUGGAUGUGGAGCUGACGUUGUUCGAGCCGAUCGAGGACGCGUUGGUCUCCCUGAACGCUGCAGUGAAGGCCUUCCAGCAGUCCCAGCAUGCGGCAGGGAACCUGGCGCAGAAGCCUCAAAUCCUGGUGCAACCCAUCGCCCUUGGACCGAAGGUGGGCUACACCCAGAUCCAUUUGCGGCGUGCCUCCUCUGCUGAAGCCUCCUUCGUGGGAUGUCAUGGUUUUCAGGGCGAAUGCGAGGUGCGGCGGUUUGUUUUUUGGCGGGACCAUCUCCUACACUGUGAAAAUAUACAAUAUGAUGUAUUGCAGAAUAUUGCAUAUAUAUAUAUAAAUAAUUAUAUAUAUAUUAUAUACACAUAA